AUGGGAGUUUCUUGGGUCGACAGUUACUUUGAAAAAAAGUACCCCAUCUUAUCCAAGUCUAGCACCAAGACUUCACAACAUGUUGCUGCUGCUCCAGACACUAGCUCUAAAUCAACCCUGACUGAUCUUACUCCCCAGCCUUCUACUACUGAGCGCGCCAUAUCUGCAUCUGGUCGGCCCAUUUAUUCUCGUGGCGAGGUGGCCCAGCAUAAUUCUCUUGAAACUGGAAUUUGGGUAACCUAUGUCGAUGGCGUGUACGACAUUUCUAAGUUUGUAACGAUUCAUCCAGGUGGUGAACGUAUUCUUCUUGCUGCAGGACAUGCUAUUGAUCCCUUUUGGGCAGUCUUUUCUGUUCAUGCUACACCCGAAACUCGCGAACUUCUUGAAAACUACCGCAUUGGUGAUCUCAUGCCUCGUGCCGAAGAUUCUACAGCACAAGAUAUAGAGUCACAUAGCAAAGGCAUCGAGCUAUUGUUUAUCAAUGAGCCUGAGCGACAUCCCUCUUUGCAAGUAAGAUCUGCUCGUCCUUGCAACGCGGAAGCCCAUCCAGAUUCACUUGCCACUUUUGUUACUCCCAACGAAUUGUUUUUUGUUCGUAAUCACCUCCCAGUGCCCAAUGUUGACCCUGAGCUAUUUCGUCUGCAAAUUGAAGGUCCCGGUAUUCCCGAUGACUAUUCACUCAGUAUUGAUGAACUAAAAACCAAAUUUACACACGUAAGCGAAACUGUAACACUUCAAUGUGCAGGCAAUCGACGUAAAGAGAUGCACGAUGUCCGACCAGUCAAGGGUUUGCAAUGGCAAGGAGGUGCCAUCAGCAACACAGUCUGGACAGGCGUUCGUCUUCGGGAUGUUUUGGCAGAUGCAGGCUAUCAGCUUCCAGAUUUUACAUUGCCAAAUUACGCUGAAGAUAUAACACAUGUUCAGUUUGACGGAGUUGAAGGAUAUGGUGCAUCCAUUCCAAUUGAAAAAGCAGUUGAUCCACGUGGAGAUGUUCUUUUGGCUUUUGAAAUGAAUGGUGAGCCUAUUCCAAGAGAUCAUGGAUUUCCCCUACGAGCAGUUGUUCCUGGUCAUGUGGCAGCAAGAAGCGUCAAAUGGGUUGGUAAAAUCACUUUAAGCGAUGAAGAAUCCCAAUCUCAUUGGCAGCAGCAUGAUUACAAAGGGUUUUCUCCAUCUUCUACUUUAGAAACCAGCGAUUACUCUAAAUCAAACUCGAUCCAGGAACUCCCUAUUCAAUCUGCAAUUCUGUAUCCUAGAGCUGGAGACGAGAUAUGUGCAAACGAUGAUGAUGAGGUGAUUGUCAAGGGAUAUGCGCUCAGUGGAGGAGGUAGACAUAUUUAUCGAGUAGAUGUUUCAGCUGAUGAUGGUAAGACGUGGCGAGAUGCAGAACUGGUUCAAAUGGACAAAAAGCCUUAUGGCAGGCAAUGGGCGUGGACACAAUGGGAAGCAAAGCUUCCAGCAGAAUGGGUAUCUGAGCGUGCUCAAGAAGGAAAGGUUACAUUUGUAUGCAAGGCGAUUGAUUCAAGCUACAACUCUCAGCCAGAAACAUUUGAGAGCAUUUACAAUGCUCGUGGUGUGCUAGUCGGUGCGUGGAGCCGUGUUCAAGCCAAUUUCAAAUCUAAAUGA